AUUGACUCUUUCUCGGCUAGCAGAUGCAGCCUUGGCCCAUGGUCUCCGAGUCGUAGUGUUGCCCCGACGUGUUUACCCCGCCAUACGCAGGGUUCACAUGCUUGAAGACUCUUUGAUUUCACCUGGAUUAGAUUGAGAUUCGAGAUAGCUGCGACACAGUUCAAUCUCAUUCCUUUUCUUAGAUUCCUUGCGUCAAGAAUACAUUUUCAAGAUCGCAAACAUGGCCAUCAAGCCAGCCGAAUCCGAAUUUCGCAUUCUCAUCGUUGGGGGCGGGAUCGCAGGCCUAGCAACUGCAAUCGCCCUCCGCGGUCCCAACCGUCAGAUCCUCAUUCUCGAACAGUCAUCUCUCAACCGCGAAAUUGGCGCCACAAUAUCUCUACAGCCCAAUGCCUCAAAGUUUGUCGAAAAAGAAUGGAAUCUCAGCUCACAGCUACGCGCAAGGGGAUCGAUGGUCGAUCGAGCGUUUCGCGUUUGCGCAACUGAUGGCACGGAACAUAAGCGUAUCGACCUGACUGCAAAAUCCGAGUAUGGCGGUGACAGGAUGCUGUACCAUAGACAGGACUUACAUGAGGUUUUGAAGAGCGCUGCUACCAGCGUGGAUAGAGAGGGUUUAUCUGCGACGAUUCUGGUGAAGAGUAGAGUUGUGAAAUGUGAUUGUGACGAGGGAUCCGUGGAGCUAGAAGACGGGCGGGUGUUGACAGGAUUUGACCUUAUCGUUGCGGCGGAUGGAAUCAGGAGCAAUGUUAGGAAAUUUGUAGUUGGCAAAGAGGUUAGUUCGGUAAGGACGGGCCAGUCAGCUUAUCGCAUGAUGGUCGACGCGUCAAAAGUUGAGGAAGAUGAAGAUAUCCGCAAGUUCUUGGAUCCUAGGGAGGCUGUCACGACAAUGGUGAUGGGACACAAAAAUCGCUUGAUAAUGGGUCCUGCGAGGAACGGGGAGGUGUACAGUAUUGUGGCCAUGGUUCCAGAUGUAUCCGACCCUGCGAUCGAGACAUCUUGGACGACUGAAGGCAAUCGAGAUGAUCUUUUCGAAGCUUUCAAAGAGUUUCCUGACUGGUGUAAGCGGUUAUUUCGACACGCACCGGAAUUAGGACUUUGGCAGUUACGCGAUUUGGAUCCACUCAAGACUUGGACGAAAGGAAAAGUCAUAUUGAUUGGCGAUGCGGCACAUGCGAUGUUACCAACACAAGGUCAAGGGGCGAGCCAAGCUAUCGAAGACGCUGAAGCAAUAGGAACUUUUUUCCAAGACGUCCAUGGGAAACCAUCAGAGGCAACGGUCUGGUCGAUGUUAAGCCUUGUUGCUGAAACACGGCGUUCACGAGCAAUACAAAUCCAGCUCUUAAGUCGGGAAAGCGCAAAGCCAGCGACUGAAAAGGGUGACAAGAAGAUCAAAAUAUCACCGGACCAGUAUAUGGACUACUGCUGUACAUAUGGAGGGGCAAGGGCGUGGCGAGAAAAGCAGAAGAGCCCCGAUAUGCUGGAGGAGCUGGGUAAUUUGACGAUAUAG